AUGCCUAAUGCCUCUUCUAUGGCCAUGUCGGAUGCCAAUCAUCAGGCACAGACCGCGAUGCUUGAUCAAAAGCAUGAUAUAAUUCACCAUAUUCUCAACGAAGAAGACCUAUAUAAGGUCCUCGGUGCUCCGAGGACUGCAUCUGCCUCAGAAUUGCGACGAUGUUACCUCGACCGAUCGAAAAUCUGCCACCCAGAUAAACCUCCUUUCCACCCAUUAUCAACCAGCGCGUUCCAGCGACUUGGUUUUGCAUUCGAUAUCCUCAAAUCCGCCAGAACGCGACGAACCUACGACCGAGCCUCCAAACCUACCUCAUCACAAUUACCCGAUAAAACAACAUUCUUAGGCGGCGAUCACACCUUCCGCAGCGCCGUCGAGGCCAUCCUUCAUGAAUUCAUCACUGGGGAUUUUGUUAUAGUCCGAAGAUUCCUCGAGUCCUUACACGCACAAUACCCCAACCUUGUCAGCGAAGAAGUGGUUGUAAAUGUCAACCGGAGUUUCGUGCGCAUUCGAGAACUUGUAUUGACAACAAGAACAUAUGCAUUGUUAAUAUACAUCGAGCUUGGAAGGAUCCAUCGCGUGCAGAAGCGCCUGAUGGGCUUGGGGUACUUAGAUGUGGUGGGCAGGGCGAAACUUACAAUUCAUCUUGUCAGAGUUACACUUGCGGUUCCCAUGCGUGUAGACCGCGCUUUGAAGCAGAGAGAAGAAAAGGCAUGGAUGGCCGAGGUUGCAGGAUUACAGGCGAGAGGCACCACGCCAACAGACACAAGAGGGAAAGCAGGCAUACUGAAUGAAAGGGUCAGUAAGGUCUUGGAGUUUAUUGUUGGAGCUGCCGGCGAAGAUGACGGUGCGGAUGAAGCGUGGGGCUUCAACUUAGGAAAGGUACCUCCAAGGAGGACCUAA